AUGGCGCGGGAGGUGGAGGAGCAGUACGUUCUGCGCGUCAAGGACCCCGUGCUUGCCGAGGAGCUUAGGGCAGCGCUACGGCAGCCGGGGCCGCUUGACCCCGUCACGCAGCGUGCGCGCCUCGAGUUCACCGACAGCGACCGGCAUGGCCACUUUGUGUGGGGUGACCGCCGAUUUCCCGUCACCGUGCUCAACCUGCCCAGCGUGGUGGAGAGCUAUAAAACUCUGGAUGACAUCAACCUGGUGAAGACGUGUGACAUCGGGCAGGUGUUGGUGGUGGGAGACGACCCGGGGCUGGCAGCAGAGGCGGCAACGGGGGAGGCGCGAGAUGGCAUCACGCCACCAAUGCGCAACGCACGUGAGCGCAUCUUCCGCAAGCCAAUCGACGUGCCGCCGCACGUGGUGCAGAAGGUGGAAUAUGACCUGUUGACCAUCCUGGCGGGCGGCGCUCCCGAGGGCCUCAAGUUUGUGGACACUGAAGAGGAGUGGGUGGUGGAUCCGGCCACGGGGCAGUGCGCGUGGCUGCCUUCGCCGGUGCUGGUGCUAGCUGGUUUUUUUCUUGAAGAGCUGGCCACGGUGCGCCAGCUGCUGGACUCCAUUGGUGGGGAAACCGUUCGUGUGCUACCCACCACUCCAGCUCUACUGCGUGCACCGGCUUACGAGGCGCUGCUGGCGCCGGAGCCGGCCUGGGACCGCCCUGCACCGCCCGAGUGGCAGCCCGGCGGCGGCUGGGGCCAGCAGCGCAUGGCGCUGAUGGCAGGCAUAGCGGAGGAGGGAAGGCAGAUGGUGGUGGACCUACUGGAGGAGGCGGGGAUGCCUGGUGUGGUGCCCGCUGUGGUCACACCUGCCACCCAGGACGCAGUGCUGGGCGAGCAGGAGGCGGAAGUGGACCUGCCAGUGUCCUUUGUGGAUGAGCUGCCGCCGUUGCAGGCGCUGGUGCCGGAGGUCUGGCAGCCGGCAGAGGCUGACAGCAAGGCAGAGACAGCUGGCGUCACCGGCUCUGAGGUGGUGCAGGCUGAGUUUUUCGAGGCGCCACGGCACCGGCCGGAGGAAGAUGAUGACUGCCCUGCAGCUAGAGCAGCAUCAACAGCGGCGGCACAAGAGGCGGUGGAAGUACCGCUCGACAUCAUUGACAGCAUCGUGGCUGACAGUGAGCGCAGCGUUGUGGACCUUCCUUUGGAUGAGAUGGACAGCGAGGAGCUGCUGGCAGCGGCACGGGCUGCAAUGGGGCUGGAUGAAGCGGAGCUCCAGAAGCUGGUGGAUGAUGCCGCUGUACAGACCGCUUCUGCUUUGAACGUGCCCUUUGUGUCUGGUAGGGCUGGUUCUGCGGUGGGCCCCAGCAGCAGCGGCGUCAGCAGGAAGCCGUGGGAAACUCCUGGGGCGAGCCAGGCUAAGCAGCCAGGCACCCAGCAGCACAAGGGCUUCGGCAGCACGCCGUUGAGGAUUGGCCUCAAGGCACACAGCAAGACGGGCAACGAGACAGGCAGCAAGGCUGGCAGCAGCAAUGGCAGCAGCAGUCUCAAGGCGGUAACUGAGAAGCACGGGCUGGACUUUGAGGAGCUUUUGCGGGGCCUGUCGGAGCGGGGUAUCCCGCUGUCCGACUGA